AAACAAGUCUGUGAACCAACCUUGUGAACAGCCGGCAGGCACAUAGUGGACAUUAGCCAGAGAGAAAGAAACAGCAACAGAGAUAGAGGCCUUUUCAGAGUCUCCUUCACUUCAUCAUACACGUUUUACAAAACCACUUUCCUCGGUGAGAGGCGAGAUAUCAGCAUGUCGCGAGGCAGCUUUGUCUUCACACCCAUGGCCUUACGCUCUCUUCAACUUGAUGAAGACAUGCUGGAGAGACACAAGUACAAGAGGCAGCUUGCCUCCCAUCAGCUCAAUAACUACCUGCUGAAAAAGGAGGCCAGGGACAGAGCACCGCUGAGGACCAGCACGGCCCUGCCUGCAGCUGUCUGCCAGGAUGCGGUCGUCCAAAAUGCUCUGUAUACCGGAGACCUGGAGGCUAUGCAGCACCUCUUUCCUCGAGGAUCCACAGCAAACCUCAUCAUCGAGCCACAAGGAGGGGAAAUGCGCUGGGUCGCCACAGGAGAAGGACUUUGGUCUCUGAGUUAUGAGCAGGAACUGACCACACCACUUCACAUCACCGCUGGCCGAGGCUUCGCAGACUGUCUGAGGCUCCUGCUGCAGCGGGGGGCCAAUGUAGACCUGGCACCCGGAGGCACCACAGCCCUGCACGAGUCCUGUGAAAACUGCCAACCAGAAUGUACCAAACUGCUUCUGAUUCACGGCGCCAACGCCAAUGCUGUCUCUGAAGAUGGUCUAAUGCCUCUGCAUGUUUGCUCGAGCCCUGAGUCUUUUGAAUGUGCCAAGUAUCUCCUUCAGUAUGGUGCAGCUAUUAAUGGUCGCACUCUAGAUGAAAAUGACACUCCCUUACACGUGGCAGCCAGGAAUGGCCUUCCUGACCACGUCGAUCUCUACCUGCGCUAUGGAGCUGCUGUGGACAAAGAGAAUGACGAGGGUCUCACCCCACUGAACGCAGCUUGUUCACAACCCCAGGAGCUGCGGGAGCUCCAACAUUACUUCACAGUGUGCCAGAUGCUGCUGGGGGCCGGGGCCAACGUCCACACCAUGGACCAGGACAAACGCAAUCCUUUACACAUGGCCUGUAAAAACGUCAACCCAGACAUAGUGGAUCUUCUGCUGGCUAGCGGUGCCUGUGUUAACGACAUGGACUACGGUGGUGAAGCUCCCAUGCACAACGUCCUAAAGGUGGUCUGCUACAAGUUUUCCCAUCAGCCUGAGAGGAUUGUCCGUGCUUUGCUCAACCAUGGUUCUAUACGAGUGUGGCCUGGAGCUCUGCCCAUGGUUUUAAAGCACUGCUGUGUGUCUCCACGCACCAUCGAGGUUCUUCUCAACGCUUACAGUUUCCUUAAAGUCACGGACACCUGGGUGGAGUCUGUGUCACCGGAGGUGUUUAAGGAGCACAAAGACUUCUACGAGUCUGUCUUCUCUCUGGCAAUGACUCCUCGCUCCCUGCAGCACUUGGCUCGCUGCAAACUCAGAAAUGUCCUGGAUGGCCGAGUACACCAGGUGGUCCCUAAACUGGAUCUGCCAACCUUUAUCAAGAAUUACCUGCUGCUGGAGUACAGAGGUUUUAUCCAUUGAAAGCACUGUGCUGAGCUUUUAGUUAGUGAAAUGGAGAAUGAGUGCUGCAAUUUGUGAGAAAGAAGUAGCUGUUCACAUUUUAAAUAGUGAUAAAAAAAACUAAAAAAAAACUAGGGACAUCAACCGCUAGCACUGAACACUUGAGACACUUUUUGAUUGAGGGAUUUUUCAUCAUUCUUCUCAGUUACAUGUUUGAUGUUUCACCACAAGAGGGCGCUGUAGGCUUGAGUGGAUAAACUCUAUAGCGUAUGUGCAAUUGUGUUUUAUAUUUUGUUUAUUUUAAGAUCACGGUUUGUAUUAUAAUUCUGCACUUGAGAGUUAAAAGAUAAUUGUAUUUUUUCUACAUAAAUAUAUCAACAUAGUUUGAUAUUUAUGCGCAUUAGGAGGAUUGAGGAUAACUAUCAAAUGUAGGCAUAAAUAAUGACUCUCACUGACAUUAAUGUAUUUAGGACUUUUAUAUAAAAGAAAUAAGCUUGAUAUAAAAAUAAAACAUACCUACGUGACAAAUGUUCUUGGACUUUUUUUUACUUUUCUUUAUAUGUUAUGUUACCUCUCUCUUUCCUCGGUCCUUUCUUUGCUUCGGCUUGUAGCCUGGUGUUUUGUGUAAUUUUUCCACAUUCACGGGGUUUUGUCGAGAAGAAAUUGUUUUUAUAACAUACAAAAAUUACUUAGAAUAAAAUCGUAUUAAUCCUUUGUAUUUAAACAAUUCAAUGUGCAAGGGUAGCUAUCAAAUCAAUAUUUAAAUAUGAGUAACUACUGCAUAAAAC